GAAGGCUGCAAGGACCGUCGAUGAUCAGAAUUCACUAUUGCAACUGUUUGGACUUUGGAGCAGCGCCUUGUAGAGCUGAACAAACGUGAAUGCGAGAGACACCAGCAAUGGAGGAUUUGCAGAGUGCUCUAAAGGAUCGUAAUUUAACGGUUUCCACCGUGGCAGAUAAGGGUCGCUGCCUCUUGGCUACGAGAGAUUUUUACCCAGGAGACGUGAUUAUAAGCCAAGAGCCUUAUGUGUGUGCGCCAAAUAAUUCUUCAGCCGAAACAAGGUGUGAUGGAUGUUUCGCGACAAGUAAACUUAAAAAGUGCUCUGGUUGUCAAGUUGUAUGGUAUUGUGGAAGUACAUGCCAGAGGGCAGAGUGGAAGUUGCAUCGUCUUGAAUGUGAAGUUCUCUCAAGGCUGGAAAAGGACAAGAGAAAAUUUGUCACACCAUCCAUUCGACUGAUGGUAAAACUUUAUCUUCGAAGGAAGUUGCAAAGUGAAAAGGUUAUCCCAAGCACUGCUACAGACAACUAUAGCUUGGUGGAGGCAUUAGUGGCACACAUGUCUGACAUCAAUGAGGGACAGCUGGUUCUGUACGCGCAGAUGGCUAAUCUUGUAAACUUAAUAUUACAGUGGCCUGAAAUCAACAUAAAAGAGAUUGCGGAAAAUUUUUCCAGGUUUGCAUGUAAUGCGCAUACCAUUUGCGACAGUGAACUGAGACCCUUGGGGACAGGAUUGUAUCCUGUAAUUUCCAUAAUCAACCACAGUUGCUUGCCCAAUUCAGUGUUGGUUUUUGAGGGAAGGUCAGCUGUAGUACGUGCUGUGCAACAUAUACCCAAAGGUUCGGAGGUGCUGAUAAGUUACAUAGAGACUGCUGGGAGCACUAUGACUCGGCAGAAGGCUCUCAAAGAGCAGUACCUGUUCACUUGCACCUGUCCCCGCUGUGCUAGAAUGGGACAAUCUGAUGAUAUUCGAGAAAGCGCAAUUUUGGAAGGAUACAGAUGCAAGAAUGAAAAAUGCUAUGGUUUCUUGAUGCGUACUAAUGAUGGAAGAGGAUUCCAAUGCCAAGAAUGUGGACUAGUCAGGGACAUGGAAGAGAUAAAGUUGAUUGCAACGGAAGUAAAAUCACUAACUGAAGAUAAAGCUUCUAAACUUGAUCCAACUGGCAAUUAUCAGGAUGCUGUUGCUGCAUACAAAAUAAUUGAGAAAUUGCAAUCAGAAUUAUGCCAUCCCUUUUCAAUCAGCUUGAUGCAAACUCGAGAAAAGCUUUUGAAGUUAUUGAUGGAGGUGGAACAUUGGAGAGAAGCUCUGGCAUACUGCAAAUUGACCUUACCAGUCUAUCAAAGAGUUUAUCCAGCAGUUCAUCCAUUGCUUGGUUUGCAAUAUUAUACUUGUGGAAAGCUUGAAUGGUAUAUGGGGGACACGGAGGGUGCUGUUAAAUCGCUGACCAAGGCAGUGGAUGUUCUAAGAAUCACUCAUGGGACAAAUACACCUUUCAUGAAGGAACUCUUGAUGAAGUUGGAAGAAGCCCGUGCGGAAGCCUCUUACCAACAGUCCUCCAAAGACAAGUAGCAGAAUAUAAUAAUUAUUUCUUUUUUCUUAUUGUAUUAUUUACUUGUUAUUGAAUUUUUUUUAAUGUUCAAGUACUUAUAUUUUCUUCAUCUAAAUAAAACAUGCAAAUUAGAUGAGUCUGCGCUUGGUCCGUGCAUUUGGAGUGUAAGAGGUUUCGAAGUGUGUCAUCUGGGCCAUGUCAUCAAGGAGAGCAAGUUUCUCUCGGGUCUGUAUUCACUUGCUUCUUUAAAGCCCUUUUCAGUAUGUGCAACCUUACAUUGAAUUUUCUAUUCUUUUGUUAAGGCUCAGAUUCGGUCAUAAUAUUUAACAUAUAUCUUUUUAUCUUUA